AUGCUUUUAACAAUUAUUCCGAUAUCUAUUGUUGUCUGUGUUGUUGCAUUCUACGUAUGGACAACCAAUAAUCGUUAUGAUUAUUUCAAACAUCGUGGAAUAUCUGAACCUGCACAUCGUUUCUUUUUUGGUCAUUAUAAAAUGUUAUGGUCCGCGAAAUCAUUGUCAAAACAAUUAAAAGAAUGGACUGGCCAAUAUGGCUCCAUUUAUAGAUUAUUCAUAGGUACAACACCCAUGUAUGUUGUUUCCGAUGUUAUUAAACAAUUCUCAUCGUUCCGUUCACCUUUUGGAUCAAGAUGGCGUCGUCAACGGCAUGCUACUAAUCCAACAUUUUCAUCUGCUAAACUUAAAUUAAUGUCUCCUCUAGUGAGUGGACGUAUCGAAGCUAUGUUAAACAAAAUAUCAACGAUGACGACUACUCAACAUAAAGAAAUCAACAUGUAUGAAUUAUACAAACGAUUGACUAUGGAUGUUAUCUCUAUCUACGUAUUUUUAAGUCGUUGUGUAUUUGGUAUUGAUACGGAUAUGCAAAAUGAUAUACAUAAUCCAUAUUUACUAAAGUCAGCGGAAGUUUUUAAGACAGAUGCUGAUCAUAUGUUACUGAUGCAAUUCAGUAAUUUUAUUCCUUCUUUAGCACGUCCUCUACACGAUAUUUUAUUUUCUACCGCUGAAUUUCGUCGCCGAUUAAUUAAAGCGACACCUGUUUUCAGUAAUUUUAUAACAGAACUUCCACGUUUAUGGUUGAUAAAUCGUGUACGAGAAGUUGUGAAUCAACGAGUGAAAUCUUCAUCGAAUACGAAAGAACGCGUGGAUUUAUUACAACGUAUGAUGGAUGCUUCAACGAUCCAUCCAGUCAUAGCAAGCUAA